AUGGCCAGGAAAAAGUCGAGAUCCAGCAAGUCUGGGUCGCGCGAUGCACCCAGCUUUGAGAUUGACGAGAAACAAAAGGUCGAUGCCAUCGAAACGUACGACGACGUCGCCGAGUCGGAGGACGAGUUUUACGCGAAACAGGACAAGAUUCUUUUCGACGAUGACAAUGCUGGCCGUGGUUCGCGCAGUGCUGUUGCCCAUGAAUUUAGCGAUGAAGAGGUCAUGGGUUUGGAGACUUCGUCGGAUGACGACGAAGAGGACGUUAUCUCAGACGACAGCAGCGACAAUGAAAAACAACCGUUAGACGAACAGGAAAUGUUUGAUCAACAAGGCUGGGGUCAUUCACGCAAAGCGUACUAUGGCGGUGAGGACGGUGAGCCAGAGGCAGAUGAAUUCUCGUCCGGAGAUGAGGAAGUCGACACGAAGAUGGAAGAACGCGAGGCUUUGCGUUUACAAAAGAAACGUCUGCAGCGUUUGUCUGAAGAGGAUGCCAUGGAUGACUUGAGCGGCUGGAACGACAAGGCUGCUUCCCAAGACUCUGCAGCUAUUGACGAUAACAGUGUUGCUGCAAUUGAACAGCUUGGCCAAUCCAUCUCGCCUGAGACUCCGGUUUCUGAGCUGAAGCGUAUUCUCAAAGUUAAGCAUCCUGAAUUUGAGCUGUUUGCGCAAGAACUUAAAACCUUACGACCACGUUUGGAUGAGCUGCAGCAGCAAAGACACGAUGCUCCCGAGUCACGGCUUCUCGAAGCCCAGUGCACAUCUUUGGGUGCAUACGUCGCUUCUCUUAUUUUCUAUUUUGCAUUGCUUAAAUCAGGAGAAGAUGAUGUGAAGAGUCAUCCCCUCAUGGUUGACUUGGUUCGCUGUCGUGAAACCUGGAAGCGUUUUGAAGGUCUUAAGGAAGAGGAGGAGAGCGAAGAAGAAGAGCUUGAUGCGGAAGCCGAAAUUGAGCAACCUCAAAGUGAUGACGAGGCAGAAGAUGAAGGCGUUGAAGUGGACGCUUUUGACGAAGAAGAAGAGGCCGGAUCUGAUGCUUCAUUCGCUUCUGAUGCGUCUGAGUCUAUUGAAUCCAAGUUCCGUCAAGCAAAGGCAGCCAAAGGCAAACGCAAGAAUGCUUUGGUGGUCGAUGACUUUGGUGAAAAUGACGAAUUGGAUGAAUUGGAUGCGGAGGACAAAAUACAACGCAAGCGGACACUGCGCUUCUACGCUAGCCAGAUUGAUCAAAAGGCCGCCAAAAGAUUGCGGGCUCAAGCAGAGCAAACGGGUGAUACAGACCUUCCUUUCAAGGAGCGUCGUUUUGAGCGUCAACAGCACUUGGAUGAUGUGGAUCCUGAGCAAGAGCAGCUGCCCAUCAACGCCGAGCGUCCCGAUCUGGAUGAAGAUGCACUCGCAUUUUACGACUCUCUCGCUAAAGACAAACGGGCAGCCAAACAGACCAAGAAGGCCGAGCACGAUUCAGAGCGCGACCUUGUGCGUGCUAUGCGGCAUCCCGAGUUGUUAUCGGUCGAAGAUGGUGAGAAGCGUGGCAUUACUCGGGACAUCGAAAAGAACAAGGGUCUUACACCCUUCCGUGCCAAAAUCAACCGCAAUCCUCGUCUCAAAAAGCGCAUGCGCUACGAGAAGGCCAAGAAAAAGCUUGCAAGCAAGAAGGCCAUUUUCAAGGGCGCACCCACACAUGGUUACAUGGGCGAACAAAGCGGUAUCAAGGCUGGUCUUGUCAAAAGUAUCAAGUUUCAUUAA